AUGGGCGUGGUGAUGGGGAGAGAUGAGAAGGUGUUCAUCCCUCAUAUGUAUAUCAAGUUGGUGAUGGAUCUUGACAAGCUUCAGAAGUUCCAUUGGGGUCUUCACUCCUACCAUUUUCUGCUGCGUUCCAUCGACAAGGCUACAAAGAAGUUGGGUAAGGAGGGCAGCUACAUUUUCGAGGGUUUCUCCUAUGCUAUCCAGAUUUGGCUUAUGGAAGCAAUUCCAGAUUUUGGAGAAAUAUGCGGCAGAAAACUCUCAGGCAGCUUCAGAGACAUCACCAAACUUGAAGACUCAUUGACUGACAAGAGUAACUUGUUCUCGAUCAUCUCACUGACUGGAAAUGGUGAUGUCUUUCUGCAUGAAGACUACGCAAGGAAGGGUGAGAUGGAAGAUGAACGAGUGAACCUUGUCCUUAGUAGGAUCAAUAGCAAGUUUGAUUGGAGCAAGACGGAGUGGCCAGUUAUAGAACUUGAAGAGACUGAAAUGGAGGAAGCUUUGACAAAUGAUAUAGAUGCAGAAGCUGGUAUGAGUGGCGACGAUACUGAUGUUGUAGCAGACGAGGAGACCUCUACGAUUGAGGUUCCAGGAAAAGGCAAGAGAAAGGUUCAUGAUGAAGGAGCGGAGACAAGAAAGAAGAAGUUGCUGUGUAAGCGAGCAGCUGAAAAGAAACAGAUUAUUGAUAGUGAAACUAAGAGUUUCAUUGAGGGUCUCUGA